AUGGUUUUUACCAGUGAUACUUCGCAUGCUUUGCACGUGAUUGAGCUGGUCACAUCAAACACAAGCUCAGGCAAUGUUGUAGCUCGUCGGCCAAGAGGCCGGCCACCUAGCUCCAAAAACAAUCCUAAACCCCCGGUGAUAAUCACUCAAGAGAGUGCCAACACGCUCCGAGCACAUAAAUUAGAGGUCAGCAGCGGCUGUGAUGUGUUUGAAUUAGCUGCAACAUAUGUUAGAAAAAGGCAAAGAGGUAUUUGCAUAUUGAGUAGUAGUGGCACGGUCAACAAUGUGAGCUUGAGGCAACUAGCUGCUGCCGGCUCAGUCAUGACGUUACAUGGCUGGUUCGAAAUUUUAUCAUUGUCGAGCUCCUUCCUUCCACCACCAACUCCACUGGGUGCCACCAAUUUGACCAUAUAUUUGGCUAGAAGAUACGGUCAAGUUGUUGGAGGAAAUGUUGUGGGAGCUUUGAUUGCUUCUGGACCUGUGAUUGUUAUUGCUGCUUCUUUCACUAAUGUAGCAUAUGAAAGACUGUCUUUGGAUGAAGAUGAUCACUCACUUCAGGUGCAGCCACCUAUGGUGUCUCAGCCCUCCGUUGGUGGCGAUGGCAGUGGCACUAGUGGUGCUGUUGCUGGUGGCUCAAAUAAUAAAUUUUCUGAUCCAUCUUUAGGGCUUCCCUUAUUCUAA